AACAAAUUUAAUAAUCAUAUUUCCUUCACCAAAUAAUGUAAUAUUUAUUUUCUCAAAGCUAAUUUAAAAAACACAAGACCAAGCAAAUUAAGUUGAAAUUUCAAUAUCUUUAAUUGUUUGCAUUUCUGAAACAAUAUGUACUGCUGCAGGCAUAAAACUUGAAAUGGUCCCGCAAUUUACUGCAGAGCAAGUACUGAACACAAUCUUUUAUUAGUGUCACCAUUGGUGGUUCUGGGGUCAGUCUGGUCUGUCUGAUAUACAAAUAAAAACUAGAUUGAAGUUUGACAAUAUCUAUUGUUUGGCCAAACUACUACAAAAUAAAAAUCUAGAAUUAUGUGUAUGUCUACUUAUUAUUAUUAUUUUUUUGUAGAGAGAAGGUAUAGCUUUGAAAGAGGUCGUCCAGAUUUGUCCCUGAGAAGGCUGGUGUUGGUUGGUCUGACUGGAGCAGGUAAAAGCUCCUCUGGAAACACCAUACUGGGCAGAGAAGUCUUCAGAGCUGACGAAAGUGCUUCAUCUGUAACCAAAGAGUGUUGCAAAGUGACUGAAAAAGUGGCAGGGAGAAAAAUUACUCUGGUAGAUACACCAGGCAUGUUUGACACCGAUAUUUCAGAGGAGGAACUUCUGAAACAGGAGAUCAGUAAGUGCAUAAAUAUGACAGCACCUGGACCUCACGCCAUCAUCCUGGUCAUUAAAUUUGGCCCGUUUACUGAGGAGGAGAGACUAUCAGUGGAGAAGAUCAGAGCCAUAUUCGGAGAAGAAGCAGAUAAACACACAUUCGUCCUCUUCACUCACGGUGAUGAAGUGGAAGGCUCUAUUGAGGAACACCUCAGUGAAGCCAGUGAGGACCUGAAAGAAAUCCUGAGUCACUGUGGGGGAAGAUAUCAUGUAUUCAACAAUAAAGAUAUGGAGGAUCGUAAUCAGGUUGUGGAGCUGCUGGAAAAAGUAGACGCCAUGGUCGCAGCUAACGGAGGUCAUUAUUACACCAGUGACUCUUACCAAGAUGUAGAGCUCAUGCUGAAAACUAAAGAAGACGAGCUGAGACGAGAAUAUGAGAAAAAAUUACAAGACAAAGAGAGAGAACUGGAGGUCAGAUAUGCUGAAGAGAAGCAGAAGCUGGAGGAAAGAUUGAACGAGUACAAGCGUUUUUACGAGGCAAAGCUUCGAGAGUUCAGACUGGAGACAGAACAGACUUAUUCUAAUGAGAAUAAACUGAAAAAGAUCAUUGCCAAGUUAAAAAGCCUCACCACCAAAUUUUAAUCAAACUCUGAGUAAUACAUUCUUAGACUUAAAAGGCCGUAGAAUGAACAGUAUGUAAAUAAACAUUUGUUGAACUGAAUUAUGAAAUUGUAUUUUGAGGGUAUGUUUGAUUACCUUAUAUUACAACAGAUAACGUUAUACUACUGAACCAUAUUUUACAGUUGUCAUUUGGAUGACACAAUGCAUUUUUUAUUCUUCGAGUGACAACAAAUAUCAAGUUUGAAAUAAAACUUGUUUUGUCUGUAUUUUGUUUUUAUAUGAAAGAUUUGUUCUCUACCUUGAGGUCAGGUAGACGUUAUAGAGUUUCUGUAAUCUAUGUUAACCAAGUAUAUGUUAUAUUUUUUUUUUCUUCAGACCCUACAAGGUACUGUGAUUGAAUUAGUAAAAGAGUGCAAAUAUUUUCUUCCUUUUGUUUAAACUGAACUGUGUAAGAAGAGUUUUAUGUAUGCACCGCCAUCUGAGUGGAAUCUUCUCCAGUCGAAGUUGAAAUGACAAAAUUCGCUGUCUUUGGAUCAAUUUAAAACAGUUAUUUGGCAAAUGGAAGAUGAUCCAAUGAUCUGUAAUUGCUUUAAGUGCUCAUUGUUUGUGUUGUAUAAAUUUAUGAUGAAACUGUUUUGCUGCCCAUUUUGGCCAAGACACUCCUGUGCAAGGAAUUUAAUCUGGUUAAAUUGGUUAGUCUGUUCCGUUUAAAUAAAAGUUAAAUAAUAAAAAAUACUAAUCUCUGUAUUAUUACUAUUAUUAGUCUCCAUC